UUUCUCUCUCUAUAAACUGUAAAGUAUAAACACACUCGUCAAUCUUCUGUUACUUUUUCUUUAAACACCCCUCACUCUUCAGCCCCUUUACUCUUUAAAUACAUUUUUCAGUUUUUUAUUUCACGAUUCACAACUCACUGAUAAUUUAAUUUUUUUCUUUCUUUCACUUGUUAAGUCCUUUCUCUCUCUGGGCUCUCUGCAACUUAAGAAGUUAGUCUCUCUCUAGACAGUUUGCUUGAACCCAGAUACAACACCUGUUAAGCGAGGCCACCAUUUGGCAAACAAUCCCCUCUCUAAAAAUGGCCUCAGACCCUUCCCUCUCUUCACCACCUCCUCUCUCUUCCACCGCCACCGCCAUGGCAAAACCUCAAAACCUACCACCUCUUUGUCUCUCCUCUCGAACCAGUAAACCAUGGCUCGCAAGAAAGUGUCGCCUAAAACCUGAUCAUUUAACAGAUACGCUGAUCUUCACUGGAGGCGCCAUGGCUGCUCUGUUACUCAUCUAUGCCAUUUACUCUCUCUGUAACCCCACGGCCAUUACUACCACUUCUUUCUCUGAGGUCAAGCCUCAAAACCCUAAUCCCCCAUUAGCCCAUGACUGUCACCACCCCAAGCUCCAAAACCCGUUUUCCACAAUCCCUACGUUCUAUGAUGACCCAAACCUCUCUUACAGAGUUGAGAAGCCGAUAAAAAAUUGGGACCAGAAUCGUCGACAAUGGAUGGAACAAAACCCCUCUCUCUCUCUAAAUUCAGAGGAAAAAGUGUUGCUCGUCACUGGCUCUCAAGCAAAGCCCUGCAGAAACCCAGUUGGGGAUCACCUUUUACUUAGAUUUUUCAAGAAUAAGGUCGAUUAUUGCAGGCUCCAUGGCUAUGACAUCUUUUAUAACACUCUUCUCUUUCAACCGAAGAUGUUCACCUUCUGGUCUAAAAUCCCAACUGUGAAAGCAGCCAUGUUGGCUCACCCCGAGGUCGAAUGGGUUUAUUGGGUCGACUCCGAUGCGGCUUUUACAGAUAUGGAGUUCAAGCUUCCAUUACAGAAGUACAGAGACCAUAACCUAAUAGUCCAUGGAUGGGAUCACCUGGUUUAUCAAAAUAGAAGUUGGACUAGCUUAAAUGCUGGGAUUUUUCUUAUCAGAAAUUGUCAAUGGUCCAUGGAUUUCAUGGAGGUUUGGGCAAGCUUUGGACCCCAAAGCCCCAAUUAUGAAGAGGCAGGAAAAACUCAAACCUCUGUUUUAUCAGAUAGGCUCUUCUCUGCAUCAGAUGAUCAAUCAGCUCUGGUUUAUUUGCUUUUAACUGAGAGAGAUAAAUGGGGUGACAAAAUUUUCUUGGAAAAUUCUUAUUACUUUGAAGGUUAUUGGGUCGAGAUCAUUGGCACCUACGAAAACAUCACGAGAAGGUAUGAAGACAUGGAGAAAGCUCAGCCAAUUCUCCGGCGUAGGAAACCGGAAAAACUCGCCAUGAAGUUCGGUGAAUUGAGGGAGCCAUAUUUGAAAGAGGCAGGAAAUGGGAGGUUUAGUUGGAGAAGGCCAUUUGUCACUCAUUUUACAGGGUGCCAACCCUGCAGUGGCGAUCAUAAUAAGAUUUAUUCUGGUGAAAAUUGUUGGAAAGGUAUGGAAAGAGCCCUUAAUUUUGCAGAUAAUCAAGUUCUAAGGAACUUUGGUUUUGUUCAUGAAGAUUUAUCUGACUCGGCUUCUGUGAAACCAUUGCCUUUUGACUUUCCGGCGAGUGUGGGUUGAUUUUCCGGUGAGGAUUCCAGCAAUGAAGGCUGGGGCGUUGGGUUCUGGGCUCAGUGGUCAUGUGUACAUUCUGGGUGUCGGUAAAGUGGAUAGUACCUUGGGUUUCUUUUCAUUAUUUUUCUGGUUUAUCGUUGUAACUUUUUAGUCUUUCUUUUAAUUUUUUAUUAUCUUUAUAAGAUACUUUGAUAUCGUGGCAUGAUU